AUGUCCAUCGAAGUUGAGGAUCUCGACGUAGACCAGCUUGCUGUGAGCGAGCCUCCUCCACGGUAUGUGGGAUUUGUAGCUGGGGUGUUCUCAGGUAUCACAAAAAACGCCGUGGGCCAUCCGUUCGACACCAUCAAAGUGCGUUUACAAACUGCACCACCAGGAAGAUUCAAUGGUACUAUGGCAUGUGUAUGGCAAACGUUGAGAAACGAAGGAGUUGCAGGAUUCUACAAGGGAUUUACACCACCAUUGGUUGGGUGGGUACUUAUGGAUUCGGUGAUGUUGGGAUCUCUUCACGUUUAUCGUAGAUACGUGAAAGACAAUUUUUAUCCCGAGGAGAAACGACUUCCUCUCAUGGGCCAUAUUAUCGCCGGCUUGGGAUCCGGCUGGACAGUGUCGUUUGUCGCUGCACCCAUUGAACAAUUCAAGGCUCGAUUGCAGGUUCAAUACGAUGCGAAAUCUAAGAUAUAUUCUGGUCCUAUCGACGUGGCUACCAAGUUGUAUAAAACCUCUGGUAUUCGCGGGAUAUACAGCGGAUUGCUCUCCACCAUGAUUUUCAGAACAAACUUUGUGUUCUGGUGGGGCUCAUACGAAAUCUUCACAAGGUGGUUUGAAGAUAACACAAAGAUGUCCACUCCAUCCAUCAACUUUUGGUCAGGAGGACUUGCUGCAACGGUCUUCUGGGUAUUUGCAUACCCCUCCGAUGUCAUCAAGCAAACAAUCAUGACAGAUAGUCCCAUAAGAUCGCAAAAGAAGUUUCCUCGCUGGAUCGAUGCUGCAAAGUACAUAUACAACCAACAAGGCUGGAGAGGGUUCACUCGAGGAUUUGGGCCCUCAAUUCUCCGUUCGUUCCCUGCCAACGCCGCCGCAUUGGCUGCGUUUGAAGCUGCCAUGAGAUUUAUGCAUUAA